AUGCUUCGACAGAAAGUUCGUAUAAUAUCAGCUGACACUGUGCGCCUGAGACUACUAGAAGAACAGGCCUUACUCAAACAACAAGAAGUUGUUCAACUCCGUGGAACAGUCGAACGGCUGCGUUCACGAUAUGAAGCAGAAGCCAAUACGGAUCGUCUGAAAUGCGACUUUCAUGACGCAACGACCUCGAUACAUCGACUAAGAACGGAGAUUCUGACUGUCCUUGGCUGCGACACGGUCGAUGAUCAAUGUGUGAAGGCAAUCACAACGAACGAAGCGAAAUACUUUUGGUCUUUUGUGGAUAAUGUGAAAUCAGCUUCCAAAAGGGCCAAGAAAGUUUCCAAAACUUACACACGGGAGGCAUACAUCGCGACGCUUGGAACCACAAAACCGACAGCGACGGAAUGGGGCUGA